AUGCGUGUGAGAUUAAGGGAGGGUAACGAGCAGAUGAGGAAUUAUUGGAACCUGGAAGCCGCAGCGAUAUAUUAUGUAGUACGGCCACUCGGCAGAUGCGCCACGAUUGGAUGUUACAAAGAGAUGUGCUGCGAAUACACUAUCUACAAAGUUGGCAGCGAGGCGAUUCCUGAUGCUCUCCUCCCUCACGGAGAACGUGAAGAAGAAACAUGGCGAAAUCCGAUCCAGGUGCCAGUUAGUCGAGACCUAAAGCAUCGACUUUUAGCUGUAUCACAGGCUGGUGAGGCUGACCAAGUACCCGAAUCUCCUGUUUUUGGCUUUGUCGUAGUCAUCGCAGUGUCGGACGAUCGAACUAACUUCACGGUACUCAGCCCCUCUCCAUAUGAAUUGCCAAACACAAAUCUUCUUCUAACCAGCCUUUGCUACGUUGAUCCAGAGCAGUUUUGA